UGUGUGUCUGUUGGUGUAGGAUGGAAAGUAGGAUUAGAGGCUGAGACACCAGAGGUAUCCAGAAAACUCCAUGUUGACAUUUCCCUUGAGAUUCGGAGACUCUGCAUCAGCGAGACAACACAGGCUAGGCAUUGACAAGCCGUCCUCGGGACAGAACAAUGACAGAUUGUGUGCGCUGCCAUUCUCAUGAGUUCAGAAGGGAAGUGAAUGACAGGCACACAAACUGUUUACUGACUCCGAGACAGAAGGGCAGCUUGAGAAGAAAUACCCAGUGUCCCCCGUGUCAUUGUCCAGAGGAAGUGUCACCUUGCAGAGACCGGCAGAGCUAAGGCAGCAUCAACCAGGUUCAUGAAGAACUCGCCCACAGGAUGCCAAGACAGGCUGAGGGACGCCCAUGAAGAUGAGAGGGUCCCUGAUACAUCAUGAUAAUGGGGAGACGUCAUACCAGGAAUAUAUUCUCAUGAGGCAAACCCCUCAAGGCCUUCCCAAGAUGGUCCUACUCUAUAUCCUGAUGUUCUCCUGCUUCUCCAACCUUCUUCAAGGCACCAGCAUCUACCGUAGCGCCGACAGGAAUCAGGUGGACUCGGCGCCGCCAAAAUUUCUGCUGGAUCCCAUUCACCAUGUGAUUCUAACCCAAAGAGGAGCCAAUGUCGUCCUUCCUUGCAUUCUACGCAUGCGACCACCGAUCUACAGGGUGAAAUGGAGCAAGGUCAACUCAGCUGACCCUCUGGAGAACCUCAUAUUGAUCUCCAAUGGAAAGCACCACAAGAACUAUGACAGACUGAAAGGUCGGGCUCGUCUCAGGCGGAACCACCGUCUUGAUGCCUCCUUGGUGAUCGCCAAUGUGACUCUAGAGGAUGAAGGACGAUACCGAUGUGAGCUGGUGAAUGGUCUAGAAGAUCAAAGUUUAACUUUAUCAUUACAGUUGGAGGGAGUUGUGUUUCCAUAUCAGUCCAGUGGAGGGCGCUACAAAUUCAACUACGUGGAGGCCCGGCAAGCUUGUGAGGAGCAAGACGGCAGGCUGGCCACAUAUUCCCAGCUUUACCAAUCAUGGACCGAUGGCUUGGAUUGGUGCAAUGCUGGCUGGCUCAUAGAUGGGACCAUCCACUAUCCCAUAAUAAUCCCCCGCGAGCCAUGUGGGGGCAACCUCCCUCCUGGAAUCCGCAGCUACGGCCCCAAGGACAAGCUGAAGGACAAAUAUGAUGCCUUCUGUUUCACCUCCGCUUUGAACGGACACGUCUUCUAUGUCCACGGCCCCUUGACCCACAAAGAAGCCGUUGAUACCUGCAAAACCCACCAGGCAGAGAUCUCCAAGGUUGGCCAACUCUACGCCGCCUGGAAGUUCUUCAGCAUGGAUCACUGUGACGGCGGCUGGUUAUCCGACGGCAGUGUCCGUUUCCCCAUAGCGGAACCUCGGGAAAGGUGCGGAGGACUCCCAGAUCCCGGCGUCAGGAGUUUCGGUUUCCCGGAUAAGGAGCAGCGACUGUACGGCGUGUAUUGCUAUAAGCAUUAGGGAGACUUUGAUUUUCAUAUCUGCAGGGGCUUUACUCCAUAAAGGUAACACUUUAACCCGACGAUUAAACAAGAUUUAACCAAGUAUCUGACUCUGGUUCUAAAAACCUCACUCAGAUACUUUCUGAUGUAACCAACCCAACUAGAGGGGCCUUAGGCCACUCCCCAAAUCAUUCACAACCAUUCCCAGCUACAUCUGACCACACCCACAAUCUGGCCCAAACUCCAUCUACUGUCUCACAAGCCCCCAACGAAUUAUAAAUGUUCUUAAUGACCUGGGACUGCAAUCUUCCCAUCCUGCUCUAUUAGACCUGCUUAAGCAGGGGUGGGACCAAGGUCCCACCCACGAGGAGCAAGUUCUCGAAAGGUUUUAUUUCACCAACAGAAUUAAGAUUAGUAGCAGAAGGCAGUCGCCUAAUAUAUAAAUACAGAGACAGAGACGUACAAUACUGGGCAUUAUUAAAUAGAGGAGAGGCCUAAUUCUGAGGACCAAUUAAAGGAACAGUA